AUGGGGGCACCUGCGGCUCUUUUGUGGGAAACCUUCAGAGACAUGCUUUGUGAGGAUCAUAUGGAUCACAACCCACUUGAUCCCAAGCUAGCCAUCAAACUCACUCUGCUUGAAAUUGAUCGCAGUCUCCGUCACCAGGGAUCAUGUUUGGCUGAUCAUGGCCUCCAAAGUGUAAAAUAUGAGACUACAGAGUUAGAAGGGAACUGCUCAUCUACAGUGAAAAACCAACCGAGAUCACUUGUGGAUGAUUGGCCCAUAUCAAUUCUUUCAGCACUAUCAAAACUGGUUGAAAAAGUGGUGGCUAGCCAACUUGAGCCUUUUAUUGAAAAUAUAUUGCAUGAUAACCAGUCAGGCUUUAGGAGAGGCUUCAGCACAACAUCGGCUUUGCUGAACGUUAUAGAUCAGCUGUACAGAGCUAAAGAUAAUAAGCUCAAUAGUGCCAUGGUGACUUUAGACUUUGCCCAAGCUUUUGACUCUGUUGACUUCGAGCUACUAAGAGCCAAAUUAAAACGAGUGAACAUCCAGUGGCUGGACAGCGGCAGCUCGCAUCUUCAGUUCCAGCAUCCAGUCUACCAAGGCUAUGUGACAGAGAACUCUACUAAGCCGGUGACUGUGGCUGUAGUCAGCGUGGUGGGGGAGGAGCUCAACCAACAUAUACGGUUCCGCAUGGCUAACCCGACCCCGCUGUUCCACUUAGGCCUUACCUCUGGAGCACUUGUUACAACUGGUGUACCCUUCGACCGCGAGGAUAAGGAUCUUUUCACCAUAUACAUUCAGGCAGAGUAUGAAGAUUCGGAUGACACCAAACAGCUGAUCCAAACACUGGUGAACAUCAGCGUGGUAGAUGUCAAUGACAACUGUCCAGUAUUCAUGAACACACCGUACGUAGUGGCAGUGUCAGUGGGCUCACACAAACAUAUGGCUUUCUUCAAGGUCCUGGCGAUUGACCUGGACGAGGGAGAGAACGGAGAGGUGAGGUACGAGCUGACUCGCGGCCACGGGGAACUGUUCAAGGUAGACCGCAAGAGUGGGGAGAUAAGUCUGAAACAAGCUCUGCAAGACACCCAAGAGGCGUACAUCAUCAUCAUCACGGCCUACGAUGGAGGGGUGACGCCGUGCUCCACUGAGACUACGCUGGUGGUGAAGGUGGUGGCGGAGAGCUCCCCCAAGUUUGAACGGCAGCUAUAUACAGUGACUGUGCCAGAGUCCUUACCUCCUCACUCUCUCCUGCCUGUGCGAGUGGUUGCCGAGGCGCCGUUUGACCAUCCUGUUACAUACGCGAUCCUCGACAACGACAUACGCUUCUCUAUCGAUGUUACGGCUGGCGCGUUGUUCACUGAAGACGUGCUGGACUACGAGACGUCACCGCUGCUGGAGAUACGUGUCCGAGCCACUGACAGUCUAAGUGGUGCGACAGCUGACACCCUUGUCACCGUAGUGCUGACGGACGUCAACGACUGUGUCCCUACCUUCCUGGAGUCUGUCUACAACGUCUCUUUGCUGGAGUCCACUACUACUGGAACACUCAUCGGCAGGAUCGAUGCCUUCGACAAUGACACAGGAGUGAGAGGUGUGGUUCAGUACUCUGUGGCACCUCCACCUCUACACGGUGUAGUCAGUGUCGACUCGCAGGACGGAUCUGUAUAUCUGUCACAAACACUCGACCGAGAACUCAAUUCCACGUUUCAAUUGGUCCUGACGGCUACAGACGGAGGUCUGCCUAAGCUGUCUUCUUCAGCCAUCUUAUCCCUUCACGUUCUAGACGUAAACGAUAACCCUCCCAAGUUUGAGCGGCCGACCUACAGCUGCCGUCUGUCAGCGGAGGCGGUCGCUGGGCAGAUGGUGACUGUCGUACACGCCAAGGACCCUGACAUCGGGCCUUUGUCUUACCUCAUCGUGGCCGGCAACGAACACCACACCUUCAGUAUAAACCCUUUGACAGGAAUGAUAUCAGUGUUCAACAUCUUGCAUCUUGCACGUCCGGAGCCACACGUUCUAAACGUCUCAGUCACAGACGGGGUUCACACAAGGUUCUGCAAGGUCUCAAUUAAUAUCCUCUUGACCAAUCAGCACGCACCCGUCUUCUCGGCCAAUCAGGUAGAAGCCUCCGUGGGAGAGAACCAACCAGCAGGCACAUACGUAACUACAGUGAUUGCGACUGAUCAAGACAGCGGGCUGCAUGGCAAGAUCUCGUACUAUAUAACUACGGAGCUCAUGCGGUCCUUGUUCAAAAUAGAUACUGACACUGGUGUGAUGGUGACUGCAGUGCCACUAGACAGGGAGCACCACGCCAUGGUGGAGGUGGCGGUGGUGGCGGUCGAUGGAGGAGGUGUCAUGGUGACUGCAGUGCCACUAGACAGGGAGCACCACGCCAUGGUGGAGAUGGCGGUGGUGGCGGUCGAUGGAAGAGACAGGUCUGACAUUGCCUCUGUAUGA